AUACAGUGGUUCACAGUUCUCUACAUUCUGUGGAGUAGUGGCUAUGCUGGUUUUGUGGCAAUCAAAUCAAACUAAAAAUGAGGAAUGCAGCACCAAAGGGUUUUGGGGAGUGUUUGUUUUAAGAAUAAAAGGCAUAUCCAAUAUAAAAUUACUACUUCAACUACCCAGCAUUACUGAAAGAGCAGCGUUUGACCCCAGGAUAAAAUUAAUUUCUAGACGCAUUUCAAAACUGGGCAAUAUGUUGUUGAGCCACAGAUUUUGUACGGUGCACUCGAUAUCAAUUUAACGUAAAAUUAGGGCUCUCAGCAAAAACGACUUUGCAAUUGCGAGGGGUUUUGUUUCGAUCCUUCCACUACCCCCAUAGGCAUUGCAGUCGCAGCCAUACCCACUGAGCAUGCGUGAUGCUGAUGGACUACAACUCCCAGAGUGCCGACCUGCACCGGGGCAUGCGCAUUGCGGCCCAGUCGGUAUGUUGUUUGUUACAGUGUAACCAGCUGGCGGGGCUACAGUGAUACUGCUGGGAUCAUCAUUCUGCAUGCUGAUAGAGUACUGCCUUAUCCCACCCAACCUCCUCUCCUUCUCUAAUCUCACUGCCUCCUCCUGCUCCUCCCAAGGAACUUUAAAAAAAAUUAUUUGCAGAUCAAGUGGGAAUCAUAUAAGGAAGGGGGCUCUUUGCAAGCUUAGAUGGUCCACAAAUGAGAAGGAGGAAAAGAUGGAGCUGCAUAUCUUAGAGCACAGGCUGAAAGUAGCAAGUAUAGCCAAGGACGGUAUCCAGUUGUUUACCCAUGGAUUAAUCAAACUUGCUUUUCUGCCGUCAAAGACGAGGUGCAAGUUCUUUAGCCUAACUGAGACUCCUGAAGACUACACCAUUAUUGUGGAUGAAGAGGGAUUUAAGGAACUGCCUGGGUCAGAUCUCCUGAGUGUGGCAGACGAGACAUGGCUGGCAUUAAACGUUGUAUCGGGCGGAGGCAGUUUCUCCAGCUCACAACCCAUUGGAGUCACCAAGAUCGCCAAGUCAGUGAUAGCACCAUUGGCAGAUCAUAACAUCUCUGUGUUCAUGCUUUCCACAUAUCAAACAGACUUCAUCUUGGUACGGGAAAAAGAUCUGCCGUUAGUUAUGCACACACUCUCAGCAGAAUUUACCAUCCUCAGGGUUGUAAACGGGGAGACAGUUGCUGCUGACCAUUUAGGAAUCACCAAUGGAUUUGUGAAGCCAAAGCUAGUUCUAAGGCCAGUCAUUCAUCCACUGUCCAGUCCCAGCAACAAGUUCUGUGUCACCAGCUUGGACCCUGACACCUUACCGACUGUGGCUACACUCCUCAUGGAUGUCAUGUUUUAUUCUAAUGGCAUGAAAGAUUCCGCAAUGGGCAAUGAUGAAAAUGGUCACAUUCGUUUCUUCUCCUUCUCUCUCAUUGAGGGCUACAUCUCCUUAGUGAUGGAUGUGCAGACACAACAAAGGUUUCCAAACAAUCUAUUGUUUACGAGUGCAUCUGGGGAACUCUGGAAGAUGGUUCGGAUAGGUGGGCAGCCUCUAGGAUUUGAUGAAUGUGGAAUCGUUGCCCAGAUUGCAGAGCCCCUGGCUGCCGCUGAUAUCCCAGCAUACUACAUCAGUACAUUUAAGUUUGAUCACGCCUUGGUACCUGAAGAAAAUAUCAACAGUGUGAUCAACGCUCUCCAAGUGAGUCAGAACAAGAAGCAGUAGGUGGGAAACUGAGAUCCUGGCGGUUUCGUCUUCACACAGUAGUCAAAGCUGAAACUGAGAUUUCAAGAAGAAACCUUUGGGUGUUUGUAAAGGAGCAGAAAGCAUGUGAAAACUAGUGAGCUGGUGACUUUUUGAAGUCUGUUCCCAAAGUGAAUGUUACCAUUGUGUUCUUUGUGUGAACGGUGUUACAUUGUACUGGUAAAGUCAAACCAUCUCUUUCUACUGAUGUUUUCCCCCACUGUGAAGGAGCAAUGGUGAUUGGCUGUUGUCUGUGAGUUAGUUGGGUUAGUUAUCUCAUGUAGCACAAAGCUGAUUUCUCAAGUUUGGGAGCAGAAGGGUCUCUUGUUAAGUAUAGGGAUGUUGAAUUUUGGGAGUGAUUACAUGGAGGUAAUCUAAUUUUGGGUUGGCUUAUGAUGAUAUCACAAAUUGUGAAACGAAAGCUGUUAUCUUCUUCAGAUAACAGUCUUUUAAGUUACUCCCUGGUAGCUGUUACUUUGUUUAAUAUGCUGUUUCAUUUUAUCUGGGAAGUUCCUAUACAUCUGGGCAGGUUGAUGCAUGAUGACAUCCUCACUGUUGCAACAUUUUUAUUGCUACUUCCUUGAGUAAUAACCUGCAGUUCAUUCUGGAAAGUCCUACAUCUCAUUCCAUGGCAACAUAAACUGUGUAGCACGCCUGCAAUUGCUGCUGCCCUUUCUUGUACUCCCCUGUCUCAAAGUGAAUAUUAAAUGCAUUUGGCAUGAAAGAUUGAUACAGGGAUAAUUGAGGCAAGUGACCGAACAAUAUAAUUGUGAAAAUAGACCUAAGUUUCCACAGUUCUCUUGAUGAUAACUCGCAUCAUAUGUUUCUUGCUGGCAUCAAGUUUGGUCACUUCCCUUAUCAGAGAAGUGAAAAGGGAUUUAUUUUGGACACAUUAGACAAGCUAUUCCCCGCACUCUAUUUCAGUUAUACUGUUGGCAAACUUAUGUCUUGACAUCCCUACGCUGAGAAAUUAGACAGCAUAAGAUCCAAGGAGAGGAUUUUCUCCUUUUUAAGAUAUAUGGAGAUUGAUUCCAACCAAACUUUAAUCAUAAUGUGUUUCAACGGGCAAUCCAGUUUGAUUUUCACAUGUCAUUGCUUUCCAUCAGGGUUGCUACACUCCUGAAUUAACAUAUUGUCAGGUAUCCCCAUGACAAUGUAGCAUUCAGAUAGGUCUUCAAGACUUCUCAGCAGGAGUUAUUGUUCAAGGAACAUAUCAUCAAGGAACAUAUUGCAAAGGAACAUUUCAGAACUGAGUCAUAUAUGACCAGUUGCAGAAUUUUGAAAAGCAACAUAGCAGGACAGUAUUUCAAAUGCAGCAGAUCAGUUUUAAUUGCAGACCAUGUCUUCAAAGGUGGCAAAAAAGCCCUUAAUCAAUCCUACCUAACCAAGGAUUUGAGGAUUUUGUUAACUUGUAAGCCAUUAUAUCUGUUGUUAUAGCAGCCCUUUGUUCAGUUGCUCAUAGCUCACCUCAAGUUAUUUUUUGUCACUUGUGAAGACCUCAGUAGAAGGCAGAGAGAACUGGGAAGUUUUGUCUUUUUUUUAUUAUUGCUUUCUUCUCUCCUUUCCUAAUUCUGUAAUUGAUAAUGUGUUUUACUAAUUUCUCUCUCAAAGACGUAUCUUCACAAGUGGCACUUGUAUCUCCAUAUUGCUCAUGUUGUAUUACAAGGUGUCAGUCAUGUGUGAAGGAGGAAGAAUGUAGCAUUGUUUAUUUUUCAUAUACUAAUUUUGCACACAAUUGCCUGAAUGAACCUGAAGGCUGACAAUUUGGAAAUGUGAUCAUCUUAUACAGGCAAACUCCUGUAUCUUCUAUCAUUUCCUUCUUUGUAAUUUAUACACAUUCUAUGAAGUAAAUAGGACUUAACUAAUUUGUACUGCUGCUUUCACCUGUGUAUCAACUCCUAUUUUAUUAGCUGAAAACAGAGGAAAGAUUUUAUUGUUUUAGAUUCAGCAGCCUUCUGUGCUGAAUUACUCAGUCACCAGAGGGAAUAGUGAGAUUGUGAAGCUGCCUUGCCUGGUGCUGAAGUACCUGCUUAAUGAUGUUGUGAUUGAUUUAUUAGAGAAUAUUAACAAAGCUUAGACAUUGCUAAUAGAUAAACCCCAAGGUAUGUGUCAAAAUUAUGAAGACGUUUAAACCUAAUCCUUUUACAAUAGUUAUUAAGCUGAAUUCUUAAUUAAUUUUAAGGCUGGUUUACGUGUGGAAAACAUUUUCCUGACUAGCAGAUACAGCAUUUUGAUAUUUAUAGCAUUGGCUGAAACCUUUAAGUUCUCUUGAAAUUCAGUUGAAAUAGUAGUUGCAGAAAGUUUAUAAUUUAGUGAUUUUUGAACUAUAAUUUCUUGCUCACUACUAAUGGUUUUGCAAAUCUCAUUAUAUUUAUAUUUAUAACCACUGCCGUUGUGUUUAUUUUCCAAUCUUCUAGUCAGUUUUUAAAGUUCUUUUUGCAUUAAUCAUUGGUGCAAGAAUUAUAACACUUUUUUAUAAAGGUGAGAUAGACAUGGUAAUUGAGAAUCUGUGUGCUCCUUUCAAUGAUAAAGCUCAAUUAACAUUUUAACUUGAGUCAACUAAGAUUAAUUGAUUAGAGUAGUGCUGGAAAAACACAGCAGGUCAGACAGCAUCCGAGGAGCAGGAAAA